AUCUAACAAGACCAAGUGCUUCUUGAUGAUUUACUCAUGAAUUAUCCAUCCACCUUCAGUGCAACAACACAGUCGGAUAGCUUAGGUCACAAACAUUACUUUGGAUUCGUGUUGCGUAUACCUUCGUUAUCUCUUGUUGGAUUGGAUUAAUUUACACUGGGUAAUUUGUUGGAUUAAAAAUGAGUAUUUGGUGAAGAAAGUACUGUUUCUUUGAAGAAGGAUUACAUAUUGCUACCACAUACAAUGGAACAGGGUGAAGAGAUAAAAGUUAAGACCUUGAGGGAAAGUUUCGAGAAUGAUGAAUCUUCUAAGAUCCGGACUAAACCUGCCAUCCCAGAGAAACCCAAAACUAUCCCCCCAAUAUCUCCCACCACAAAAAUCAGCAACCCCCUAAUUGCUUCCAUCAACUCAGCUGUGGAGAACCGCUUGGCCCCUCGCGUGGUCUUUAAAGAUGACAAAAAGAACCGUCAAGUUUCUCAACCUCAGACUUCACUAGUAAAGGCAAAACCUAUUUUGCUGGAUAAGAACCAGAAGAAAGAAGCAGAUCUUAUCAAACAAGCCCUGAAAGAUAAGAAGAUUCUGCCAUUGAGUCCUGUUACUCCAGUCUUAGAACAGACACCUCAACCUGAGUCUAAUCAAAAGUCCUCAGAGACACCAGUCAAAGUUUCUACACCAAACAAGAAGACCAUAUUCAACAAGACAGACAAGGAUGAGAAAGAGAAGACAUACCCCUCAGAAUGCGAUGUACCAGCUACUCCUAUUCUUAAUCAUUCAGAGUCUAGCAUUUCCACUCCUGCCAAGGCAGAGGCCACAGAGCCUGUGGUUCCCAAAGCUCUUGUUCCACCUGUUAGAGCAAACCCUACUAUCUCUGCUCCAGUCAGUUCUCCUCCUGCAGUUUCAGUCUCAAAACCUUCUGCCCUGACAGAUCCAGAACCUGUCUCCCAAAAUGGUCCUCAAACGAAGAACUCAAGGCCAGACAUUCCCAUUGGACAUAAUUCCAAUGCAAUAAGUCCAGCAGCAGAUAUAUUUUCACAUGAUUUACCAGAAGAGGCCACCUCCAUUCCAGAAAUCCCUGAUAUGACUGAUAUGGAUAUUCCACCUCCAAUUGUUCCUGAGGACUUUUCUGAUGGUGGCACUUCUGCUGUAGAUUUAUCUGCCAAUGUUACUCCCAAGUUUUCAUUUCCUGGGGCUUCUCUUUCAGUUGCUCCAGAUUCCAGCAGUCCAACUCUAUCUCAUACAGCCUCCCCUAUUCCAGCAACAGAAACCCCAGAUUCAGAUGCUGUUUUUGUAUUCAGUCCUUUCCCAGCAUCUUUAACUCCAUCAACAAAGGUAGAGUCAAUGGCAGAAAACAAAAUGAGUGAAUCCCACAAAGCUACUGACAAGACAGAAAAGCCCUUGGAAGCUCCAUUGUCCAGCUCACCCAAGACUAUUUCAGUGGUCUCUGCUCUCGCAAGAGCUGAAGAAAUGGCCCCUGUUAAGCAUAACGCUUGUGAUCAACGAUUGCUUAACCUUCUAGAAAAGGCUAAACGAAAGUCUACAACAGGUUCUCAGGUAUCCACACCUGAAAUGCUGCCUGUAAUUGAUACAGAUCUGCCCAACAAUGCUCCAUUUAUGCCUUCACCACCAGAGACAGCCCACGCUGAACCAUUGUCACAUAUGGAAGUCCCAGAUGCCCCCGCAACUCUUCCUGAUAUCCCCUCUAUUGACUAUGAGGGUAAGGCAGAAGAAGCAGCAGAAACGGAGUAUAACACCCAGCCCAUUCAAGCAGCCCUCAGUGACCAAGAUCACAGGAAAAGUUCACCUGCUCCGAAGAUGGUGAUUGUGCAAAAACCUGUUGUACCUCCUCCACCUCCCCCCAGAAAGCCCCAGACAACUAUAUCUAAUGGUGGCCUCAUACCAGAGAAACCACCUCAGUCCCCAAGCAUGGAUAUACAGUCCACCGUUCUGCCAAAUCAGCCCCUGGAGGACAAUGGAAUCAUUAUCCCAGCUCCUGCAGAUUUUACCCAAGAUGAUUCAACACCUGAAGAUUCAGAAGUUUGUGACCCAUCUGAAACGGUUCACUCACAAGCAGAUUAUGGAAAUCCUGGACCAUCAGUUCACAAGGAAGCAUUUUCAGAACACUUAAAUCUCGAACAUCAGAACCCAAAUAUGAACACUACAGAUGUUGGGCUUCCCAGGACAGUGACAACUGAAAAUUCAGAAUCAGUACCAGACCCUCUGUUCAAUCCAACUCUCCCAUCUCUAUCAGGAAAACAAACGAACUACAGCAACACAGAGGUGGAAGAUGUCGCAGUCAGCAAGAAAAAUAAAAUACCAAAGAAACAACGCAAAGGAUCUCCUAUGAAUCCAUAUGCUGAUCCACCUGUUGCGGCAGAGGAGAUCCCCAAGAAAGCAUUGUUUUCCAAAAAGAACUCUGGGUCGGAUGAAAAGGAUCUGAAGCCGAAAGAAAAACAAAAGCAGAAGGACAAAGAGAAAGAAAAGAAGGAGCUGAAGGAAAAGGAAAAGAAGGAGCAGAAGGAGAAGGAAAAAGACAAGGAGCCGAAGGAAAAGGAAAAGAAGGAGCAGAAGGAGAAGGAAAAAGACAAGGAGCCGAAGGAAAAGGAAAAGAAGGAGCAGAAGGAGAAGGAAAAAGACAAGGAGCUGAAGGAAAAGGAAAAAGACAAGGAGCUGAAGGAAAAGGACAAAGAAAAGAAGGAACAGAAGGAUAAGAAAAAAGAUCAAAAGGAGAAGGAAAGAGACAAGAAGGAGCUCAAAGAGAAGGAAAGAGAAAAGAAGGAACAGAAAGAGAAAGAAAAGAAAGAAAAUGAAAUGAAGAAAAAAUUCAAGAUCACAGGACAGGAGGAGACCUUGUACCAAGCUAAAGUGACAGAGACCACUAAGGGCCGUAAGGAUGAUCUGGCAGUAAAAGCUGGAGAGAUCAUCAACAUUAUUCGCACCACAGACUGCCCGAAAGGAAAAUGGCUGGCCAGGGAUAAUACAAACAAAUAUGGCUAUAUACCAGUGGAGAAUGUGGAGUUGAAUAUUCAGGAGAUUAUGGAGCUGGGAAAUAAAGCUAAAGCUGCUAACAUGCCCAGCAUUAAUGGGAUCGUAGAGUCAGACGUCCCCAGAACAAACAUCAUAUCCUCACCUCAUUAUAGCCUGAACCAAGAGAGCUUUGAAGAUGACAGUGAGGAGUGGGGUGAUGAUGACGACACAGUUUUCCAACCAACUCACACUACAAAUCUAGAAUUGAACCAGAAAGUUGCUUCAUCAGACAUUGGUCCUGAGACAGUUUCAGCUCUGCCAGCACAUACUGAUAGAAGUGAUCAUGUUCAUGCAGGACAAGAGGCGCUUCAAAAACUGUCGACCUUCUUUGCGCAGCCGAAACCACAGAACAAUACACCAACCAAAGAACCUGUGCCACUUACUGUCAAUGCUGAGGAACCAGUCAGUUCACGCAAACAGGAAAUGGAUGUACAGAUCCUUCCUCCUCCGGAUCUCUAUGCUGACAUUGUUGUGGGGUGAACAGAGCAUAUUUAUACCAUAUGACACGUGAUGGACAUUUUGAAAGACUGCAACGUAUGCUGCGUCGUUCUGUCUGAUGGUACGUUGUGAAAGAACUCGACUGCGACUCUUCCCCCGGCACUGAUGUGAAAGAAUGCUGUCAGGCAUGUAGAAAAAAAUGAGGUGUUUGUUGUACACAUGGCUCAAGGUGGGGUUCAUUUAACUCCCAUUUUACAUAAGAAGGACUUUGAAUGGAGCAAUAUACAGUAACUAUUCAUAUAUAUAUGCGCAGUCACUGUACAAUGUCAUUACUUUCCUUCUGGAAUCUGGGUGUUUUUACUUCCACCAUGUUAUUCUGAGUAAUCUGAUUAAAGAUUCCUUUUAGAUGAUGUUUGACUGUAAAACUGCUCUGUAAUACAAACACCACAAAGCUAAACAGGAAAACAAAUCAAAAGUAACAAGGAACCAAUCCUUCAGCUGAGGUUCCACUAACGUUGAAGGAUAUUGUUUUCCAUUUAAAACUUUUAAGAUCGUGUUGUAUUACUUGUAUCAUUGGUUAUCUUCACAUAAGCACAAGCGCCAGUUUAUAUUAAAGUAUUUUCAGCAUACAGUCUUUACAAAACCUAAUCAGUCUUGACAGAAAUACGAAUUGAUUCCAGCUGUGCUUUGAUAGUAUUUGAUAGUAUUACAUCCAUGUACCGUUAUAUUAUUAAAGAUGUGUGGUGUAUGUCUCACCUCAGGUGUUAGACCAUCUAAGUGUUUGGAUAAUGGUUACUUAUUUAAAAAAAAAAAACAAUUUAUAUUAGUCAUAGAGUUAAAGCUUUCCAAGUCCUACUUCUUCAGGAAUGAAUGAUCUUGGCAUUUUGGUAAUGCUAAAAACACUAAAAUGCAUGAACUGGUAUGUUGUGAUGUUUUGACAAUCCAUCCUAGCCUAGCAUGUGUUGAUCGUAUUUAUUUGUACUGCUAACAUGAAAUGAUUUCGAUUUUCCAGUAACCACAAGACAAUAUGCAUUUAUAUGCUCAAUACACAUUUUCUUUUUACUUCUCUUUUUUUUGUACAAUAAAUAAUAAAGUGCAAAUUCGAACACCA